AUGUCAAGUCACGAAGAUGGAACUAGAGGUUUAUGGGAGCCGGUCGUUCUUACACCCACGAACACCGGCAACAACGAAACAAUUCCUGUAUGUAUUCAUGGUUUGAACGCACGGGGACAAGAAGAAGUACUCCCUUCGUGGUAUCGGGUGACUCGCGCUGCCUUACUGUCUUCUCCAUCGGCAGCUCUUGCAUCGCUCGAUCGGUCUAAUCAAGUGGAAGAAGAGGUUUUGCAACGCAACGGGAUUUCGGUGGACGAGUAUAUGGAAGAUGAAGACAUGGAAGAAGAAGACGAGGAAGAUGAGGAGGAGGAGGAGGAAGAUGGUGUUUGCGGUGCUAGUGUCGAAUCGAUUGAAGGGUUGGAGAAGGUGAGGGUGGAAAAAGGAUUAAUGGGUUUGGAGAAUUCUUGUCCAAUAUGUUUGGAUGAGUUCGAGAUUUGGUCGGAAGCAACAAAGAUGCCAUGCAACCAUUUCUUUCAUUCGAAUUGCAUUGAGAUGUGGUUAGAGAAGAGUAAUGUGUGUCCAUUGUGCCGAUACAAGAUGCCCCAAUCAUGAUUUAGGAA